UAUCCUGCUUUGUGCCAUUAUAUGUAUGAAAAAGACAUAAAAAAUAAAAUAAUUUGUAUAAAAUUUUCAAAUAUUAGAUGCAUAAUGUUUCAUACCGUUUUAAAUGAAUUUUCAUAAAUAAAUAAGUAUUGGUAAUUGGUAUUAAGAUGAACUGAUUUUGUAAGCUAUGCCCGGAAAUUAUGUUAAUAACGUAUUAUUUUCCAUACAUCUCCGUAACGUAUUAUUAGCACAACAUAAUAUUGGUAACAACAUUAAUGACAUUCCUUGUUCAUUUAUUUUAAUUAAAGAACAUAUUAAUUACGUAAUUUCUAUGUAAGUGUUAAAAUUUAAACAAUGUUGAUAUUAUCAAUCGGAUUUGAACCAUGCACUACUGGUAUAGUAAGCAAUAGACAUGCACCGACAAAUAUCAAUAUUGUCAAUUUUAUAGUUUUUACAUCUAGUAGGUAAAUUAUGGUAAUUUAAUAAUUAAAGCAGCUUUAUCAAUUGUUCGAACAUUAUUAUUGAAAGUUAUUUCACAAAUACAUUAUAAAAGUUAAUUUUGUAUUAUUACUUAUAAAGUGUAACGAAUAUUUAAUACGCGUAGUUGAUAUUCAUAGCAUUAUACUCAAAUAAAAUUAUUUGGACUGACUACCUUUGUUUUAUUACAAGGAAUCCAUUUCCAUAUCUCGAGUUUGUGAUAUAAUCGCUUUGCUUAUAUCUUAUCUAGGAUACCGAUUUAUGGAGACGGAUAUUAGCUACUUAUUGCUACCCUGACUGAAGUAUUGGGGGGUUUGUUAGUGAAAUAGGAAAAGCUGGGAAACUAGGAAGUGGUUCCGGGGUAGGGCGCAUGUUGUCGCGGAGGCUGCGGGCCGCGCGGCCGGCCGGCCGCCGCCAGUCCGCGCCGAGCCUCCGUCGCCGCGCUACGUGUCACGUGGCGCCACUGCUGCCGCGCACGCGCGAACGCGAUCGAAACAUCAAAACAUAACAAAAAAAAAUUUCACGCCACCCACUUGCCAACGAAAAUUGACAGUGACGUUUCGGGGGGAGCACGGUGACAAUAACACGCAUUCGUAUUAUGUAGUUUACAAAAAUUAUUUACGUGAAACAGUGAAAAAUUUUCAGUGGUACGAUCAACUGGUGAAUUUUGUGCGAUCAAUUGGUGUCGCAGUGGUUGUGUUCAGUUCCGACGAUGGAUAGUGGCAGCCCGGCAGGUUAGGCGUGAUGAUGCGCAAAGAGAACGCCGGCGCUCCCGGCGGGACCGAGUUCUCGCUGGACGCGUCCGACUGCAUAACGCUGCAGCAGAUCCUGCAGGCCUUCAACUCCACCAUUAGCGAGGAGCAUGCAUGGGCCCUGUUCUAUCAGGCGGCGCGCUGCUUCCAGAAGUGCAUGGCGGAGGGGGCCACCUGUUACCUGGCCACCGAGCCCCGCCAUGUGCUGCUGCACAAGGACGGCACCGUACACCCCACAACGCUGCUGCAUCCAGGAGAUGACAGUAGCAGAGAGGAGGUUACUUCAGAGCAACAGUUGGUGGUGAAUUUGGCGCUAGUAAUAUAUCAUGCGUUGGAUUACACGCAUUCAGAGGACGAGGAACGGCUUAUAUCGCCGGACCUCGAGGGACUUAUCACAGAGAUGACGGCGUGUGAUACCACAGAUGAUGACGAAGAAUGCGGUGCGCUAUCCGAAGGUUCGGAGACGUCAGAAUGCGGUCGGGCGGAUACAGACGAUGAGGGCAUUGAAAGGGACUCGGAGCCAGCUCCAAGGAGACGGCGCCGGCGCAGAAGGUUUAUGCUCAAAGAUGUUAUCGAGCGGUGCGUUUGGCAUUGCGGCGGUGGUGGGCGAUGUGCCCGCGAAGCCGCUGCAGCGCACUACCGCGCUGUAUGUCGCGCCCUCGUCGCUGAAGCGUUAGAAUUGGCCUCCUUCCUCGCGAGGGUCCGGGUCGGAGGAGCGAGGGACAUGGGAGCCGCUGAGGAUUCCGCCGCGCACCUCGACACGCUACGGUUUUCAGAUUGGGCGCGGUUUUGGAUGCAAGUCAUCGGAGAGUUACGGAUGGGUGUAAAAUUAAAGAAAGUAAAUUAUUCAAGGACACCAAUAGAGUACGAGUUAACACCGUACGAAAUAUUAAUGGACGACAUUAGGUCCAGGAGGUACACGCUAAGAAAAGUUGACGGCGCGAUACCUCCAAGUGUAAAGAAAGACGCUCAUGCAAUGAUACUUGAGUUCAUUAGAAGUCGACCUCCACUCAAAAAGGCAUCAGACCGCAAGUUGCCGCCGCCCCGCCGUGAAGUAACGCCUAGGGAAAAACUUCUCGCGUCCAUCCAAGUCGGGAGGCAACUCCGACCCACUCCUUACUCCAGGCGACUAUCGACAAGUGGAGCCGGUAGUGGCCCAGGCGGGGGCGACUCGAGGCGGGGCGGUGACGUCACGCCGCACGCGCAACCCCAGAGGCGACUUAUCAAAGUGGACUUUGAUAAUCUUGAGGACGAUGAAGAUGAGGAUGACACAGAAACUUGCACAAGCCCUGAAGUAUGCGCACCACAACCUUUCCCAAGGCACACAGCCCCACAGCAACAAACCCCCAAACCUUGGAAGAGGACCGCAUAUGACCUGGCAACGCAGUGCCCGUCACGGCGAGCGUCAAUGCGACGUCAUACCGUCACGCACACUGUCUGCCCUACCACCAUUGAUGGAGCUCACUCAUUGCCGCAUUCAAGGCCGGGAUCUCGUGCAUCAUGCGCCGGCGCAGCGUCCCUGGCGAGCAGUGACGCGGACGCACAGCUCGGGGAGUUAUCCUGGUCGCGAUCUAGUUUGCAGGACGAGCUCAUCAAGUCGGUUAGUGGCAGCCCCAACAAUGGCUCGCAUAAACAGUGGCAAGAUGCCAUAAUGUCUGACGACCGGUUGUCUCUGACCCUGGAAGAGAUUGUUCACAUCAGGUCUGUGCUGACGAAGGCUGAACUAGAAGUACUGCCCGUUGAAGGCAGGGUCAAGGAAGACGUUGAAAAAAGAAGAGUAUGCUUCUUGUGUUUGAAGACCAGAUUCGGAAUUUUUGGUCCUUGGGGCCAGAAAUGCAAACUUUGUAAAAAGACUGUCUGUCAAAAGUGUUGUUCGAAGAUGCGUAUCCCGACGGAGCACUUCGCUCACGUACCAGUGGUGCUGCUGAGUCCGUCGCUCCUGCCCUCCCCGGAGGAUGAGGCGCACUCCUCGUUUCCCAGGAGUCUCAUGUCCAGGCUCGUGUCUCCUGAGUAUUCGAGCAUGGUAGAGAACAGCGUGGGCAGCGCGCCCAGCAGCCCGGCGAGCACGCGGCGCGCGACGUGCGCGGGCGCGGGCGGGGGCGGCGCGGGCGCGGCGGCACACAGCGCGCCCGGCUCGCGCGGCGGCUCCGCGCUCGGCUUCUCCGACCAGCUGUCCGUGCCGCCGCACGCCAUGUCGCGCAGCGUCGACGGCCCGCAGGCCAUGUCGCUCGUCAACACACCACCUUCUACCCUAGACCGCAGAGCGAGGUACGGCCGCAGCACGACUGGCGUGACGGCGGCGGAACGUCUCCGCGGCGUGCAGAUGGCAGUGUGCCACGACUGCAAGGCGAUGGUCCUGCAGAUCAUCAAGUCGUCGCGCGCGUCGCGCUCCGCGUCCCGCGACCGAGCGCUGCGCCACCUGACGCUGGACCUGGCGCCCGUCUACACGGCCGACUGUUAGUGCGCGCGCCAUACACGCCAGCGGUACUCCGCCAUACUGUGACCUGCUACAAACAGACGACGGCUGGCCCCGAGUGCAUCUUCCUUCACAAUGUACCAAAAUUUGUGUACUUACUGCUAAAACUUUAUCACACAAUCGAUUCUACUGAACCUUUAAAACAACGUACAUAAUCGGUUUGAAGUGAAUCCGUAUACUAGUGCACUCAAAACUUUACCGGCCACUUGUUAGCGACACAGUGAUCAAGUCAGAUGGAUGUUAGCGCGUUCACCAUACAUCGGUCGCGUACCACCGACUCGCUGGUGCCAGUGGGAUACAUCAACGUGUUUCUACUGCGACGCAACAUAGAUAGGAUGGUCGUCAAACACCUUCAAGCUCACCUACAAUAAUUGUAACCACGUACUUUAAUAUUCCCAUACACCUAAACUAUGUUAAUUUAUUCAGUACCUCACUAAUACUUGUAGCAAUUAAAUCAUCCUGUAGUUAAUAGACCACCAACCACGAAUCUUACAACAGUAAGCACCGAGUCAAUUUUUAUUUUAUCAAUCAAAUAUCUAUUUACCUAGCUAAUAUAUCUCUGUAUUAAAUUUUCCCAUAUUGUUAUUUUUCAGUACGAAAUCAGGAUUGUUGAUCAUUCUUAGAUGAAAUUAUUAGAUAUAUUCAAUACCUACAUAAUUAUAUAUUUGAAAAUAUAUUAUUUCUUUAUUCUAUAUCUACUCAAACAUCUUAUAUCCUUCGAUAUAUUAAAGUUAAUUUUCAUCGUGUAAAUACUCAAUGACAUUUUUAAUUAAUAUUUUAUUAAUAGAAUAUAAUGUGUCAUCAGGAAUCAGUCAAUAUUGGCAUUUCUAGUAAAUAUAUAGAGGUCGUCUCUAACGGUUUGAAUCGAGCUUCCAAGGUUGUGUAGUGUCUAUGUUGUGUUUCGUACGUGGACCAUACAUUUUGUUUACACAAAAUGAACUUUGACAAUACUCUAUGACCUUUGACAGACGUUACUACCACUAUUUUUAUUUAUUUUUUUGUUAGUCGCACAAAGUCAUUAAAUUAUUCAAAUGUUUAUCUUCAUUAUCAGAGAUACCAUACAUAGUAUAUUGAAUAAAAAUAAUGUUAUAUUCCAGAAAUUUACUAAAUAAUAUUUUGUCACUUAAUAAUAAUAUGUGUACCUAAUAGAUAUAUUUAUAUUUUUCCCAAAUGAUAGAAUGUUUUACUAUGUCUACAAUUUCGAUGUGAAUUAAAAAUAUGUGUGUGUUCAAAAAUAUAUUGAGAAAUAUGUAGGUACUAUGAAUAUUGUUGUAUAAAACAGAAAUAUAUUGUAAAAUGUUAUGAAAUCUCGUAGAAUCUGUGUUUAAAUAAAAUAAAAAUGUUUGAUACAUUUUGAAGCAUAAAACGUCGAAUUGGCGUACACAAUAGUUUCCUGGCCCCAAGUGUCAAUAUUCAAGUUGGAUUCACACGCUAAUUUCAUUUAUUAUGAAGUUUGUGACAUUAACGUCCCCCAGUAAACAUAAAUCAGUAAAUAUGUUUACAUAAAAUUAAUUUAUUAAAUAUUUGUUGUAAACUUAAUAUUUUUAGACAUUGAUCUUACUUAAAUAUUUGUCAAGAUCCGACAUGAAAUUUAAUUGCAUUUUAAUUAAUUGCUAUGUGUGACAUUCAGAGUAAUUGUGUUUUCAAUAAGUUUAAGUUCCCUGUGCCAUACCCAUCGAGAUGAAUAAUUUUAUCAGUGACUAGUUAUUGCAUGUGUGUAAUCGCAAGCAUGUCACGAAAUUGUGAAAUCCUACGUGCCUACCUAUGAGUACAGAUCAAGACCGUAUUUUGUUUUAAGUUUUCUAUUUUUCUUUUCACUAAGUUUUUGGUUUAUUUAAAAUACAGAAAACAACAAAAAAACAAACUGAAAUAUUUUAAUUUUCUUAUAAAAUAGGUUGCGUGCUUUUGAUAAAACUGUUUUUAUGAAGGCUUUAUAUAGGUAUAUUUUUUAUAAAGAAUUUAUUUUUUCAGUUCUUCAGUAAUUCAUAUUACGUUUGACAGUUCAGUCGACAGUAUGCAACCAGCUUAAUAAGUCUGAUUGUUUGUAUGUGAUGUAUGAUUGUGAACAUGUUGGUUAUUCCAUUCAUAUACAAGUCGAGAUCUUUAAUGCGGCGGUAGUAGUUCGGAUAUGAAUAAAAAACAGCAAAUAAAGAAUAAUUGCUAGCAAUUUUGACAUUUGCGUACCAUAAAGACCAAUAUUCAUGUAUUCUAAGACCUGCAUACACUAUUCAGUAUCCGAGUACGCGAGUUUCAAAGUGUAACGUAACAACAUAACCGAGUUUACUAUCGCCACAAUGUCAGAAUUGGCUUUAAAUUAAUUUAGAAUUAGCUAAAUUAUUUCGCGGAUUAUUCCCAAAUCUUGUACUCCUUUGUAAAUAUUAUAGAUGUUAGAUUUAAACUAUACUGUAGCGGUUCAAAAUAAAUAUGUAGAACUAUUUUCAAUGUAAUUAAUCAUCGUAAUUAAUAAUAUAAAAACUGGGUUUUCCCCUAACUCUUACAUUCCCUCCGUUAAUUUAGUUAAUUAUUAUAAGUUUAAUGUAAACAGCUAAUUAUUUUUAUGUAUUGUAAUAGUAAAUGGCCUAAUAUAUAUGUAUUUCUUUUGUCAUUUUUGGCUUUAUACGUUUAUUCUUUGUGAGAAAAUAAGUUUUUGUCGUUCAAAAAAUACCUAUAUAAAAAUUUUAAUAUAUUUAUUGUAUAUUGAAGCCCAGUUAAUGUAACUUGUAAAUGUGUAAUUUAGUAGUCUUUUAGAUGUUACUUAGACUGUAACUGUUUAAAAAUCUUAAGUACUUAUAUAAGUGGAAAUAAUCGAUGAUGAAAACAAAAACCAUACCUAAAUAAACAUGAAUACAAAUCGUUGAA